GUGCAAGCCAAGAAGGAGGAGUGCACCGCGGAGCUGGCCAAGGCGCUGCCGCUGGUCGAGGAGGCGAAGGAGGCGCUGGAGGUCUUGGACAAGAAAGAAUUCCAGGAGCUCAAGAACUUCAAGAACCCACCACGGGGUGUGGACACGGUGUCCUUCUGCGUGAUGCACCUAAUGGCCGGCAUCGAUCCGAACAUUGAUGUCGACAAGAAGGGCAAGAUUAAGGAGGUGUCUUGGAAGUCGGUCCAGAAGAUGCUCAUCGAUCCUACGAAGUUCCUGGCGAACCUGAAGGGCUUCCAGGUCCACAUCGACAACAUGGCAGUGCCGCCGUCCAACGUGGACGAGGCGCGGAGGCUCAAGGACGGCCUGGGGGACGAGUUCUCCGUGGAG